AAAACCAAAACAACACGCUCAUUGUUUACAUCUUCGGAACCUACGUACAUACCGAACUACCUACAAACAACUACAAUUUAACACAUUUUAACACAUUUCUUUCAAUUUCUUUGUCUUGGUGUUGGAUGCGAGACAAGCUGACGGCAACAUUGGAGUGAAUUUGGUUAGAAGUCGGUGAUUCUGCACCACGAACGGAGUCAUGGAAGUUGAGCAUGUUCCUUUUCAACUCGCGAACCUCGUGCAGGAAAAUGGAGACUUUAGCGACGGCGACGAAGGGGACAGCAACAACAACCCAGGGGCCAUGACUAACGGCUCAGGUCUCGCUUCUGACACCGCUAUCGAGGGCAGAAUCACCAAAAAGGCCAAGCGGAGGCUGAAGAGAAGUCCAUCGAAGGAGUACCCGGUGGUCUCUUUAUCACUGCCUGACCCCAGCCUAACCGCUCUUGGGAACUCCAAAGAAAGACGAGACAGAAAAUCCCGCUCGGGAAAAGGCAGGGGCUUGCCAAAGAAGGGAGGAGCUGGAGGGAAAGGAACUUGGGGAAAGCUUGGCCAGGUGUAUGAUGAGAAUGAUGUUGAAUGCAUUGAUUCUCAUGACCCCAACUAUGACUCUGAGAACCAGGAUGAUUACACCGUGAAGACCGUCAUCCCCAUCCUCACCGACGAGGAAGUCAUUGAGAUGAUUGAGCCCAUCUUCCAGGAGUACUUUGAGCAUGGCGAUACCACUGAAGUGGCUUGUUGCCUGGAAGAGUUGAACCUUGCUGACAAGGUGUGUCUUAAGGUGCCCGCCUUGGCCGUCACCCUGGCCUUGGAGAAGAAGGCCACCCAGAGGGAACUGACCUCUCGUCUCCUCUCGGACCUCUGCGCCAAGGGGGUCAUCACGGACAACACCCUCAUGGCCGCCUUCAAGAAGCUCCUGGAUGACCUGCCCGACCUGACCCUUGACACUCCUGAUGCUCCAUCGGUCCUGGGGCAUUUCAUGGCUCGUGCCGUCGCUGAUGAUUGCCUUCCGACUGCCUUUGUCCAACAGUUAAAGGGCAGCAUGCAGUGUGAGCAUGGCAGGAUGGCGUUGGAUCGAGCCAGCAACCUGCUGAGUGUGAAUCAUGGCAUCCAUCGCAUGGACAACAUCUGGGGAGUAGGCGGGGGCAUCAGACCCGUCAAGAUGCUCAUUAAGAAGAUGGUCUUGCUCCUGAAGGAGUACCUCUCCAGUGGAGAGAUCCCAGAGGCUGUCCGAUGUCUCCAGGAGCUGGAGGUUCCUCACUUCCACCAUGAGCUCGUCUAUGAGGCUUGUGUAAUGGCUUUGGAGGUCGGAGGAGAGAGGACAACAGAAAUGAUGGUAGCCCUGCUCAAAGAAAUGUAUUCAACCACCAUCAUUACCUACGAUCAACUUGUGUCUGGUUUUGAGCGUGUGUUUGACGCAUUGCCGGACUUGGUUCUGGACGUACCCUUUGCGUUCCAGAUCAUGGAUUACUUUGGAGACCUGUGUGUCAAGGAGAAGCUCAUGUCACCGCAGAUGAGAGACAAGGUCCCAAGCAGGGGCCGCAAGCGUUUCGUUUCAGAGGGCGACGGCGGACGCGUCAAGGACGAGAGCAAGUGAGACGAAGGGGAGGAUGAUGACGACGACGAGUCGUGAAAUGUGUGGCCACCGACUAGUAAAUAAGUAUUAUAAUAACGCAUGGUCUAGAACGAAAGUAACCAAGUAAGCCAAGUUCAAAACUACAUUUAACGUUGAAGGUGCCACUCAGGAAAAUCUCUUGUACAUAGUUGUGCAAAAAAAUAACUUGUAAAAACAGAAGAAAAGAAAAAAAAGAGUAUAACUAUAGUUUGUUUAACAAAAAAAAAGGAUCUUGGAUCAUUUUGCAGAAGAGUCAGUUUAAGAACUGGUCGUAUGUAAGUAAAAAAAGAGAGGAUUAUUUUUCAAUGCAGUCUCGCUGUGCUUAUUAUACACUUUAUAUGACAGAUCAGUCAAGUUUUAACACUUUUACAUCUUUUGCUGGUUCAUUGAAAGACAGGGCCAGUAUAAUGCUUCUUCCUAAGAUUGUUGUAGUGUUCAGCAUAAUUCAACUAAUAUGUUUGCUUUGAUCUUUUUGAUGGUCUUUUAGAUACUCGCCCCCGUACUUUCUUUUAACACUUCUUCCUUCCAGAGAUUUAGGUUCAAGGGGUGUAGUCAUAGUCAAAGAAAUUUGAAUUGUCUACAAGUUUUCAAAGUGUAAUUAUUAUAUUUCAUUCCAAAGAUAUUUUGUGUUGUAAUGGCAAUGCAUUUAAAGUAUUAGCCUAUCUUUUUAUUUUUUUCUCUCUUUUCUCCGAACAACACGAGGUUGUUCUGAAUCGCUAUUCUUUGAUUUGCUAUUUUUAAUUUUGUGAAGCAAUGCAAAACUAGCUGAAAUGAAAUUGUUAGUAUGGAAAUGACUUUGUGAGGUGUAAAUUUGAAAAGGAAGAAAGACAGGUCUUAUGGACAAAGCAAAUGGCACAUUAUCAAUUUACUAAUAAAUUCAUUAAUCACAUAAUCGCUCUUCUAAUACUACUGUCUAUUUACAGGCAAUACAUGUACUAAAUUUUCAGAUGCAACUGUUAAAAGCAGCCUUCUUUUUGUGAACAUUUUUGUCUUCUUAGCGGACAGGGAGAGCUAUAAAAGAGGCGCUGAUUUUUCCAUGACCCGUUGUUAAUGUUUAACUGUUUUUGUAUGGAGCUCUUUUAUCUGGAGUCGUACUAGAUGUCUUUAACAUCAUACCAUACUCUUUUUUUGUUGUUGUCUCUCUCCACCGUGAGGGGAUGUAAUAAAAAGAUGUUGCCUGUACUGUCUUUCAAAA